AUGCUUCUAGUUAAAUACUUUUUCUUCGUCGUUUUAUGUUACAACUCAAUAUUUGUUGCAGCUGUUCCUUAUCUUGUUUCGCUAAAAUCGACUGAAACAUUGGACACAUUUUUUAAAUAUGAUGUCAAUUAUCCCCUGAGUCAAAGGGUGAAAGCUUUAAUUAACAAUUCCUUUGCAAUAGGGAAUUUUACUGGUUUCUCGGGUGAUUUUUCCAAAGCUGUAUUAGAAAGAUUAAAGAAAUGUCCUUUGGUCGCUGACUUAACGCCCGAUAUAAUUAUAAAUGCUUUCGAUGUGGGAAUUCAAACAAGUUCUCCGAGACACCUAGCGAGAUUAUCCCAAAAGGAUAAGCUAACUGGAAACCAGUUCAAUUAUUACUACGAUACAUCUUGCACAGGCAAUGGGGUAAAUGCUUAUGUGCUAGAUUCAGGAGUUAUGAUUGAUCAUCCUGAAUUUCAAGGAAGGGCUUUCAAAGGCAAGGACUUCACGAAGGAAGGUUUCGGAGAUACAAAUGGUCAUGGAACACAUGUAUCAGGAAUUAUAGGAUCUAAGUCUUAUGGCGUAUCCAAAAAUGUUAAUAUUGUUGAAAUAAAAGCUUUGGAUAAAAGCGGUGCCGGCUCAUUGAGUACUAUUAUAGCAGCAAUUGAAUUCGCAGUGAACCACAGAAAGAUAAGCGGAAAGCCCGGCGUUGCUAAUCUUUCUUUGGGGGCAACGAAGAAUGCUGUGUUAAAUAGAGCAGUUGAUGCAGCCUUUGAUACAGGGUUGGUGAUGGUAGUAGCAGCUGGAAAUUCUAAUAUUAAUGCUUGUACCACAAGCCCAGCUAGUGCAUCAUCUGCCAUAACCGUGGGAGCUAUAGAUGAUAAAACAGAUGGAUUAGCAACAUUUUCCAACUGGGGAGAGUGCGUUGACGUAUUUGCAAGUGGAACAUUUGUAGAAAGCGUCAACACUAAGGACCAUCGUUAUCCACAAGUGCUUUCAGGAACAUCAAUGUCGGCUCCAAUAGUUACUGGGCUAGUAUCAAACUUAUUAAGUAAAGGUAUUUCACCUUUCGAUGUAAAAGACCAUAUAAUUGAAAUGGCAUCUAAGCACAAAAUCAAUAAGGCUUCAAUGUUCUUAAGAAGAAAAACUCCAAAUAGGAUAGUAUACAAUCGAGUAGUCCAAGAAUCAGACUUAGAUUCCGAUUCAGACUCAGACUCAGAUGAGUGA